UACGUGAACAGUAAUUGGAAUCGGAAACGGUGGGAAGACGAAAGAAUUAAAACUUUGCCUUAUUAUUAAAAUGGCGAUCAUAAGCGUUCGAAAAUGUGUGCGGUCGGGAGUAGUGGUGCUGGCGAUCGUCAGCAGCGCGUCUGCAAGAGUCGCUGGAAAGAUGGGCGGCUACUCAAACAAAAUGGGAGGUAAAUCAACAAGCGGUAUCAACGAAGAAAUAAUCUGGAUAAGCAUAAGUAUGGCGAUCGCUAUCGCUGUUUUAAUAGCGAUCGCUCUGUGUUACAUUCUAAAGGAAAAAUGCAGCAAAAGGCAAGCUUAUAGAGACCAAUCAUGACGAUAUAAAGAGGAGUUUGCAAAGUACGCACUUGCAGACUCCCUCACAAAUAUCGAGUUCCCAGCUUACACACUCUACCCCCAGUACUCGCCGGAUGGUACGGAAUACUUCUAUAACUUCCACCGAUUCACGUAUCUGAGGGACAGUUUCAAAUUACCGCCUAAGGACUAUCCAUCGAGCGGAAAAGAAGAAAUAUAUAUAAGCGCGUGAUUUUUAUCGCGUAUAAGUAACAAUUGCUCUAAAUAUACGAGUAUUAUAUAAGAAUAUAAUUUAAAAUGUGUAUUUUAUGCCAAAUGUAACUUGAAUUUAUAUAAAUAAAAAAAAUGUAUGUGUAGAUGUAGCAUAUGUUGUGUGUCAGGAAUCAUACAACAUGGAUGAACUGAACAUAUACUGUUUAUUAUCAUUCAAUGUAUCGAACGGUCAAAUUUCUGGAGUAAAUGAUUACGAUAAAGACUGUGAAAA